AUGGAGCUCACCUUGACCGCGCCAAGCGGCCAGGACGAUGCCGCUGGCUCGACGAACCAUACAGGGCUGUCCAAGAGCGCCGCACCAGCCAACAUGGAUCGUUCACCCGCGAGGCACGCGUGCAGCAGUCUCAAGAUCCUUUGGCAGGAGUUCCUGGGUCCAAAGGCGCUCAUGGAGGAGCGGGCGCGCACUCCAACGCCGCCGUCGCCCCGCGGCGAAGCAGACAGGGCAGUCAUGACUUUCAUCAAGGAGUGGCGCAUCAGUGGCGCCGUCACGCCGACGGUGGCACGACUGCGCCUCCACAGCGCCAGCGUCAUGGAGCGCCCCCUCGGGGUGCCAGCCGCCGCCCCCCCGAGCGCGCUGGCCCGCAGGCCCUCCGGGUGGCUGGCGCUCGCGCCGGGGUGGGCCUGCCCCUCGGGCCCCCCCCCCACCCUGCUGCGUCUUCGUUGCGACCUCAGCUCGGAGCUCGGUCUGCCAGGGUUCGCCGUCGUGGCGGGCCUCGCCGCCGCGGUGCGCGGAGGGCCCGAGGCCCCGCCGCCCGGGGCCCCGGCGCGAGACGCCAGGGGCAACACGCCCCUGCACCAGGCGGCCUACGGCGGCCACGCGGGCGCGUGCAGGGCCCUGCUGGAGCGCGCGGGCUCCCGGCUCAGCACCGCGAGUGGGGUCGAAGACACGGCCGCGUGCCGGCUCGCGGUGGUCGCGGCGGCGGCCCUGCUCGCCCGCCACCUGGCCGCGUUCGUGGGCCCCGCGGCGCGGCCCGCCGGGGCCCUCCGCGGCCCGGUCGCCCGCGCCGCCGAGGGGGGGGGCGCCGUGGCGACGGUAGACCGGAUCAAGAUGAAGCUCCAGUCCCCCGAGGGCGAGGGCAUCGACCUGGCCGUGAGCGAGGUGGUGCUGCCCAGCGCCAGCGGCCAGCUGGGCGUCCUAGCCAACCACGCCCCAAUGAUGACCGCCCUGGACACCGGCGUGAUCCGCUAUAAGCAGGAUGGCAAGUGGAUGCCGCUGGUCGUCAUGGGCGGCUUCGCCUCGGUGGACUCGAACUCGCUCUCCAUUCUGGUGAACGACUUCGAGACGGUCGACAAGAUCGACGCCGAGGCCGCCAAGAAGGCGAUGGAGGAGGCCACCGCGAAGCUCGAGAAGGCGGAGAGCAAGAAGGACAAACUCGACGCGACUGGUGAGGUGAAGAAGGCCGCGGCGAGGCUUCAGGCCUCGAUGUUCGACAAGAAGAAGUAG